GUGUUCUCCCACACACAUAUCAUACUCUCUUCUCUUCUCUUCACUUUGAUUUCAUUGCAAUUACCUCUUUUUGUUGUGAUCUUCUUCCCUUCUCUGUUCUAAAAAAGAACACGGCUGAUCUGGGCUCGACUAAAACAAAUCACUAAGUAAAAAUGACGCAGAAUGCGAUAGUGUCCAAGACAAAAUCGGGGAUCAACCGGGACAUAACCGUGCCACAAAAGCCACUGGCGGCGGCGGCGGCGGGGGGGUACAUUCCCAUUCCGAGGAGGAGGGUUUUGAAGAACCUGGAAAUCAAUGCAUGGGUUGAUUCCAUGAGAUCCUCUUCUCCAACCAAUUCCAAAUCCACCUCUUCUCUCGCAGAAGAACACAGCACUUGGAUUCUUCGCCACCCCUCAGCAUUAGACAUGUUCGAGCAAAUUAUGGAUGCGUCCCGGGGAAAGCAAAUUGUCAUGUUUCUCGACUAUGAUGGUACUUUGUCGCCUAUUGUUGAUGACCCAGACCGUGCUUUCAUGUCGGAUUCGAUGAGGAGAACGGUGAGGAAACUUGCAAGGUGUUUUCCUACUGCUAUAGUUACCGGCAGAUGCAAAGACAAGGUUUACAAUUUUGUUCGCUUGGCUGAGCUAUAUUAUGCUGGAAGCCAUGGCAUGGAUAUUCAAGGGCCAACAAGAACCUCCAAAUACAGCAACAAAGAUAAAGGAGAGCCUGUUCUUUUUCAACCUGCUAGUGAAUUUCUUCCCAUGAUUGAUGAGGUGUACCAUCAAUUAGUUGAGAAAAUGAAAUCAAUUCCUGGAGCCAUGGUGGAGAACAACAAGUUCUGCUGUUCUGUUCAUUUUCGCUGCGUUGAUGAAAAGAAAUGGAGUGAACUGGCACAGGAAGUGAGAUCAGUAUUAAAAGAGUACCCGAAGCUUCGUCUUAACCAAGGAAGGAAGGUAUUAGAGAUUCGUCCAUCUAUUAAAUGGGACAAAGGGAAGGCGCUGGAAUUUUUGUUAGAGUCACUUGGAUUUGCCAACUGUAACGAUGUCUUUCCUGUUUACAUUGGAGAUGAUAAAACCGAUGAAGAUGCAUUCAAGAAAUUAAGAGACAGAGGACAAGGUUUUGGGAUUCUUGUCUCGAAAUUUCCAAAGGACACUACUGCAUCAUACUCUUUACAAGAACCAAACGAGGUGAUGGAUUUCCUUCAACGUUUGGUGGAGUGGAAACAAGUAUCCCUCCGACUCAGAACACGUUCUCGGGUGUAAAUGGAUAGAAUGAUAAUGUACAUCCCUACCCUGCCAUAAAAAAUGGAGUUCAGCUAGGGUAGCAUAUAGGACCCUUUUUUCUAUGUUUUGUUCAGAUUAGAACAGAGAACAAAAAUGUAUGGAAAAAGGAAAGACAAAAGUGUCUUUCUGAGUUUGAAGCACGUCUACAUGGAUGUAAUUAGCCACGUAGUUUUUGUAGUACAGGGGAAACGUCUCUGUUGCAUCAAAUGUAAUUCUGAAUGGAAAAUAACAUGUUACGUAUCGAAAAAUAUAUAUUAUUGUAUA